AUGGCAGACAAACCACAAGAGACUAGGAUUGACGAUGUCGAGGAUUUGAAGACUCCUGAAGAAACAGGAAGUGUCCGUUUGCCAGUUCCCAGCAAUGAUCCCAACGAUCCUUUGGUAAGUCCUUCGUCUCGGCUGUUGGUAAUGCCAUCUGACGCAUUCGUANNGAAUUGGCCUUUGCCUGUGAAGAUCUCAGUGUACCUGACAGUCUGCUUCUUCACCUUCAUCGCCAAUGUGAAUGGCAGCAACUUUACUGUCGCCAUAGUGCCUCUUCGAAAACACUUCCAUCUCGAUGCUACGGAUGCGACUCUCCUGGUCGGACUCAAUGUCCUCAUGUUUGGAGUUGGUAAUAUCCUCUGGGUACCCCUGAUGCGUGUGCUUGGAAAACGACCGGUAUACCUCAUGGCUUUAACUGUUUUGACUGCGGCCAAUAUCUGGAGCGCCUUCGCACAAUCUUGGGGCAGUCUACUAGGUGGACGUAUGCUCAGUGGCGUCGGCGCCGCUUGUGCUGAUGCCACAGUACCUUCUCUCGUAGCUGAGAUGUUCUUCUUCGACCAGCGCGGCCACUGUAUGAUGUUCUUUCAUGUAGCCUUGGCAUCAGGUCUCUUCUUGGGACCCCUGAUCAACGCCUACAUCGUUGGACUACAUGGCUGGCGCUGGAGCUGUGGCUUCAUCGCCAUCUUCUCUGGCGUCUUGCUCAUUUGCACCUUCUUCCUUGUUCGAGAAACGCAAUACACCAGACCACGCAUUCAGCAUUCUGAGGAUAACAUACCAGCCAAGAGAAGCUAUGUCAGAUGGCUCUCUCCGACGAUCGGAUAUAAUCCUCAAGGCCACUUUGUGCGCACAUUCUGGGACAUUUUGCGCAUGGCCACCUACCCACCCGUCUUCUGGGCCGGCAUUCUUAUUGGCUGUUUCGUCGGCUGGACCAUUGUCAUCCAAAUCGCUACAACGCAGACAUUCACCAAAUCACCCUACAAAUGGACCACAGGCGAUGUCGGCUUGUUCUCGCUAUCUGCCUUCAUCGGCGCCAUGUUGUCGUUCUACGCUGGAGGUCGUCUCAUUGAUCUCAUCGCCAAUCGAGCUCGUCGACGUGCUUCGCACCCACGUCCAGAGAUACGCCUAGUCGCUCUGAUCAUCCCAGCCAUUAUCGGCCCGCUAGGAGUCAUCAUAUACGGUCAGUGUGUUGCACACAAAACAACAUGNGUGGGCCCAGCCUUCGGCUUCGGCAUGCACGCUUUCGCUCUCACAGCACUCAGCAAUGUCGUCGUCACCUAUGUGGUCGACUGCUAUUCGCAAUUUGCUGGUGAGGCACUAGUGAUUGUGUUUGUGAUCCGCAAUGCCAUUGCUUGUGUUUUGAGUAUGUACUCCAGUGAUUGGAUUGCUGAACAAGGUGCUUCGAUUGUAUUUGGCGAGAUGGCAGCUAUACAGUACUUCUUGCUGUUGUUUGCCGUGCCGCUUUAUUUCUGUGGCCCUGCGUUGCUCAAGUUUACAGCUACCUAUGGACCCAUGAUGAGGAUCAGAGAAUAG